AUGAGUGCUGCCAACGUAGAUACCCAUCCAGAUACCAACAACACCAAUCCCAAUAAUAAUAAUAAUAAUAAUAAUAAUAAUAAUAAUAAUAAUAAUAAUAAUAAUAAUAAAGAUAAUAAAGAUAAUAAAGAUAAAGAUAAUAAUAAUAAUAUCGCUGCGGAGGGUUUAUUAAACCGCAUCUUCACACCCAGCUGUGCCAAGUGCGGUGUUGUCUAUCCCACGCCGUAUAUAAAACUGCCGCCCAGGCGCUGGGAAUGUCUCUCGAAGGGCUGCGGCGGUAAACUCUGGCAACCCGAUGAGAGUUCACAUGUCUGUGAUGUCUGCGGAACUGCCGUGGGCCGAUUUACUCGCCAUCACUGUAGACGAUGUGGAUAUCUCACCUGUGCGGCUUGUCUCACCUUCACGACUGUUUUCCCUGCGUGGUCGUUAACAGAGAAACAGCGGGUUUGUUGUCGCUGUGGUGUGCCGACGGUGCCGGUGCGUAUUUCCGGUUGGUUGUUAAAACUUGGACAACGAUCGGUGUUCUUUGGGGAAAAGAUGCAGGCACGUUUCUUUGAAUUGCGUGGGACUCUCUUAUUGUUUGGAAAGAAACAGCAAGAGAUGGAAGAGAGCAUGCGAAGAAGAAGAAGAAAAGGAGAAAAACAAGAAGAGGGAGAAUUGGAGGAUGGAGAUAAUAUCUCUAACUCCAGUCAUACCCCUUUCAAUGCUACCACCUCUUCUUCUACUAAUAUGGAUAAUAAUAAUACUACUAUUAAUACGGAUCUCAAUAACAAUAACAACAAUAUCAAUAUCAAUAGUAGUAGUAGUCCUAGUAGUCCUAUAAUGAUAGAAACAGAAAAUAAACAUCGUCUUCUUCACCGAGAGGCCAACACUGCCGCUGCAGUUCCUCAUUCCACUUUAAGAGGAUUUAUAGACAUCACUGGAGCUAAAGUGAUGGAUGUGGCCAUUCACCCAAAUGCGUUUUGUAUUGUUGGUCCACGUCUCGCCCGCGGCCACGUCUUCUCCGCCCCAACACUCGCAGAAAAGACAAGAUGGGUGGAGGCCAUUAAAGAACAAGUCGCACAG